GUUGGUUCAGCCCCCGUCUACUCAGGGGUGGUGCUUAGCCGGCGCCAGACGGACCCUCGACUUCGGAGGGGCAGCGCUGUGCCUCUGGGAGCUUCUGCCUCGCCUUCUUCGGCUUCUCCAUCCUCCUUGGCCACUUUACCGUCCGCGGGGACCCGAGACCCUGGUUUAUGCCCCACCCUUGACCCUGCUAGAGAUAUGUCCACCCCGGCUCGGCGGCGCCUCAUGAGGGACUUCAAGAGGCUGCAGGAAGAUCCUCCAGCUGGAGUCAGUGGGGCUCCGUCGGAGAACAACAUAAUGGUUUGGAACGCGGUCAUUUUCGGGCCUGAAGGGACCCCAUUUGAGGAUGGAACAUUUAAACUUACAAUAGAAUUCACUGAAGAAUAUCCGAAUAAACCUCCUACUGUUAGAUUUGUCUCUAAGAUGUUUCAUCCAAAUGUCUAUGCAGAUGGUAGUAUAUGUCUGGAUAUACUUCAGAACCGUUGGAGUCCAACCUAUGAUGUGUCUUCCAUCUUAACAUCCAUACAGUCUCUAUUGGAUGAACCCAAUCCCAAUAGUCCAGCAAACAGCCAAGCUGCUCAGCUGUACCAGGAGAACAAGAGGGAAUAUGAAAAGCGUGUUUCUGCAAUUGUAGAACAGAGCUGGCGUGACUGUUGACCUCAGGUGGAGCAAAAGAAGAGGCUGACUAUAAAAAAAAAUAUGAAUUGAUGUGUUUAUCACCUUCUUACUCCUCAAUGUUAUUACAUUUACUUUAUUAAAAGCAAAAUAGCUAUUGUGCUGUUUCCAUCUUCCCUUGCCAAGUUUUUCCUCCCCCUUCUACCCUCUUGUUAAACAUCAAAAAACACCCUCUGAAAUCAAAUGUACUGUACCUGGGUUACUUGCAAAAAUUACUAAUGCUUAAUAUUUUUUGUUGUUGCUCAUCUCCAGCUUUCAGGCAGUUAACUGUUACUAUACUUUAUACUAAAUUUUUAAGAUGAAUGCUAUACGAUGGUUCUUAUGAUGACCAGGAUAUUUUUAACAAAAUAAUUUGCUGAAGUGUUUUAUCCUGGCCAGUUCUAACUUUGUAUGGGAAUUAGAAGUGAAUGUGUGGCCUGUAGAAAACAGGGAAACAUCCAUAUAAAGAGAUCUAUGUUCUUCAAAAGAAAAUAGGGGCUAAAAAAAUCCUAUGAUACUAAUUCCUAAGCAAUACAAAUGACAAGAUGGUAUUUAUUGGUAGGAAGGAGAAUGUUGAAGGACCCAGCAAAGGGAGUGCAGCAAUAUAGUAAAUGACAAAUCCACUCCUUGUAAGGUAUUGAUGGGACACAUAUAAGUUUCAGAAUACUGGUCUUUUGCGUUUUUUUGAUUUUUAAAGAGGUGUAGGAGCAGAGGAAUGGAAACAAUCAUCAGUUUUUGAGCUAGGGAAAGUUGAAGAUCCUUUCAUUCUUUGAAGUGUUACCCUAGACAAAUUUAACAAUCCUUCAUUUUUAAAGUUUUAAUUUAAGGAAAGCAUAUCUGGCAAACUUUUUCACUCAAAUCCUGAGUUACUACUGCAUGCUUUAGUUUCUUCCCUUUCUGUGUUAUGAGAAUCUUAAAUCCAACAUUUGCAAUCUUUCUUUGGAAUAUUUAUACUUUUAGCUGUACAGUGUGAGACAAAGCUUGUAAAUGUUUUGUCUUAAUUUUCAUCGUUGCCUUUAUGCAUUUAUCGCUCUUCUAACUUUGCACAAGUAACCCAUGUAAAAAAUGUACAUUUUUCAGUAAUUGUAAAUAAAAAUAACCUUAAAAUUU